UGAGGAUCGUAAUUCGUACGCGCCACAAAAAAACAAAGACCAUAGAAAAAGCGAACGGCAAUACGACACGUCGAUCGAGCCACCAAGGCAACAAUGCCGCUUCUCUCCGCUCAACUCCUGCUGCCCCUCCCCGACGCCCACCACCACCGCGCUCUCCUCCCGCCGCCCGCGUGCGCGGCGCCCUUGCCGUCGUCGUCGUCGUGCUCGCGGCCAUCGUCCCUGCUUCGAUCACGGCGGUCCUCCAACUCCUCGGCGAGAACGGCACUGCGAGUCGUCUCUCCUGAGACCUCCAACGCCGUCGCCACGGACGCCGCGACCGCAGGCGCACAGCCAGGUCGUCGGACGUUCGCCUCAUCUCAUGUUUCGUUGUUCUUUGCUCUUUCCACAGGUUUGGCAGAUAACAGCAAGUGGGCAGAGUUCGCGGCGCGCGUGUCCGGCGAGUGGGACGGCUUCGGCGCGGAGUUCACGGCGGCCGGCGACCCCGUGGAGCUGCCGGAGAACGUGGUCCCGGAGGCGUACCGCGAGUGGGGCGUGCAGGUGUUCGACUGGCAGACGCAGUGCCCCACGCUCGCGGACCCCGCCGCGCCGUGCGCGCUCCACUACCGCCUCGUCCGCCUGCUCCCCACCGUGGGCUGCGAGGCUGACGCCGCCACCGUGCACACCUCCCACCAGCGGCACGCCUCCUCCGCCUUCGCGUUCGCGUACGCCGGCGACGGGUCCUACGUCGCCGCGUGGCCCAAGGGCCCCGCGCCCGUGCUCGAGGUGGAGCACUGCGUCGCGCGCCCCGGCGCCGCCGAGGUGAGGGUCCGGGUGGUGCAGACCGUGGCGCUGGGCAAGGAGGCCCGGCUGCGCGGCAUCAAGGUGUUCUCCGAGCAGUGGUACGGCCCGUUCCGCAACGGCGAGCAGCUCGGCGGCUGCGCCGUCCGGGAGACCGCGUUCGCCGCCGGCGAGAAGCUCGACGUCUCCGAGGUGCUUGGGCAGUGGGAGACCACGGACGCCGCGGCCGCGAGGUUCUCCGGCGAGCUGGACCCCGAGACCGGCAAGUUCGCGGAGCUGUCGCCCGACGAACCAAGCAAGCUGCUGAGGGACGCGGACGGCAUCGUGGCGCUGCCGAAGCAGCUGUGGAGCGCGUUCAAGGAGCUCGGCGACGGCGAGUUCCUGUGCGAGGUCGGGUGGGCGCUGGGCGGCGGCGCCGCGGUGACGUCGCGGUGCGUUCUGUCCAAGGACGGAGACGUCAAGGAGAUGGCUGCUGCAUACGAGUCCCGGGUGUCGGAGGGCACCUGACUUGAGCCUUCAGCUCAUCCACGUCCAGGUUCGGUCAGAUUCUAUUUAGAAUAGAUCAUCAAUAGAAUGGCCAAUUGGCCAUAUACUGUCAUACAACAAACGUGGUGCUCUACGAGCCAGCCAAAUGAAAUUAGCAUUGCCGAAGGCAAACGUAGAACUGCUCUGUCUGACUGCCGGUUCUGAAUUUCUGGGACGGCAGAAUUGUUCAGGAUCUAGAGCAAAACGUGUGCCAGGCUACCAGCAGCGUUCACCGUUUAA